AGUGGAAAAACCAACGACAUUGGUCAAUUAAAUAAGACCGUAAUCUAUAAAAGAUUUAGCAGUUCUAUUCAUCACAUCUCCAGUAUAACGUCAGCAUGUUCGGCCUGUUGGUAUUCUCCAGCCUUGCUGCCCUGGUGUUGAGCCAGGAUGCCACCACCCAUGCACACCAUAUCCACGCAGCGCACUCCACCGACCUACCUUUGGUGGAUCAUACGUUCAAGGACACCAAAAUUGUGUUCUACAAGGACCUUCCUAACAAAGCCAUGAUACUUAAGUCGUCUUCUGGUUGUUACGUCACUCACCUGAACGAUAAGCAGGUAGAGGAGAUUAGCGACAUGGAGAAGCUGCUUCACAUCGAGGCUACCAUUAUUCACCAUAUCCGCAAUGCCCACCAUUUCCACAUGGCCCAAGAUCCGGAUCAUUACAGCACCGAAAUCAAGAACCACUGUCCCAAACUCUACGUAUAUCACAAAGAACACUAAACUUAUACUUUCUCUGACAUUUGUUUCGUGUUUUCUUUGAAUUUAUAAAAAUUAACACGGACGAGAUGUCCAGGAAAUGUAAUAAAUCUAUGUAAUGUUCCCUUCUUUAAAGUGUGAUGGUGUCUGUAUUUGCUCUUGACCUAAUGGUUGGCACGUCAGCCUCAUAGUUAGGAGACCUGGGAUCAAAUCCGGAUCAGGUCAUACCAAAGACUUUAAAAAUGGUACUUGUUGCUCUCUCGCUUGGCGCUCUUGUUGGCCCGGUAUCAUU